AUGAUUAUAAAAAAGAAUUUGAGAUUUUUAUUUUUCUUAAACAAAAUUGUAAUGAAUAAAAAUGUAAAAUUCUGUUCUUUAAUUAAAGUGUCAAAAAUUAACCUAUUCAAUUCAUUCUCAAAUAAAAAUAAUGGAACAUUUGAAAACAAAAUUUCCCAUAACAAAGAAGAAUAUAAGAUGUUUGAAAAAUCAGAUGUAUACCUGACUUUAAGAACAAAAAUUAAAGAAGUUCUUGAGAAAGAAAAAAUAGUUUUAUUUAUGAAAGGGACACCAGAAAAACCUUUAUGCGGAUUUAGUGCAAAUGUUGUUUAUAUAUUAAACCAUAUGAAUGUAAAAGAUUACGUAUAUAUCGAUGUAAUGAAGAACCAAAACCUGCGUGAAGCAAUAAAGAUUUAUAGCAAUUGGCCUUAUAUUCCCCAUUUAUACGUAAAAAAUAAUUUCAUUGGAGGAUAUGAUAUAAUUUCAGAAUUAUACAAUAAAGGGGAAUUAGAAAAUAUACUAAAAUAA